CAGCAGGGCCACAGCUACGUCGGUGAAUGGAAGGACGGCGUGAUGCAUGGGCAGGGCUCGGCCACGUACCUCAACGGCGAUCGGUAUGACGGGGAAUGGCUCUGCGGCAAGAGAAGUGGCCUCGGCCGUUACUCUCAUGGGUCGGGCGAUGUGUACGAGGGGCUGUGGUCGAGUGAGAAGAAGGAGGGCCUGGGAGUAGACACGUUUGCCGAUGGACGCGGAUACCGGGGGGAACUGGAGGAGAAUAAGUAUGCAGGGAUCGGCGCGUACUUCUCCAAGGAUGGUCCGAUCUACCAGGGUGAAUGGUCUGAAGGGAAAGCCCAUGGUCAAGGAAUCUCAAUC